AUGGCCGAGAACCACUCGACAUCAACACCCCACUUCGUACUGCCUGCCAUCCACGAUCAUCCCGACGCCUGGGGACCAUCUCCAACGGCCCUGCCCACCCAAUUCAAAGACAUUCCGUAUGCGCCUUUCUCAAAGUCGGACAAGAUCGGGCGGAUUGUAGACUGGAAUGCAGAGAGUGGACAACUGAGUCUGGGCCCAAAUGCACAGCGAGGAUUCCGGGCCAACCGGGGAUCGACGAGAGAGGCGUAUGGAGCCGGGCAGGGCGGGACGUUUGCGUAUUUCCACGACGAGGACGAAGCGAGUUUCAACCUAGUGGGUGGGGGCACGGGGCCGAACCGGGGCACGGGCGGGCUCAUGGGGCUCAACCGCGGCGCCCGGGGAAGGGGCAGCAAUCUCCGCGGGACGACCGGCCGAGGCCGCGGCCUGGGCGGCGGCAGACUCGAGCGGGGCUCCGGCGCUCGCGGCGGGGGGGCCGGCCGGAGGGGCGGCCAGUGGAGCAGGGGCGGCGGCGGGUCCUGGAAGGGCGACUGGGGCGACCGCAACUCGCGUAUUCGUGAGAGCACCGUCGUCAUCGGCCAGGACUGGCAGGUGCUCGAGGAAAUCGAAUUUUCCCGGCUGGCCAAGCUGAGACUGGAAGUCGAUGUCGAUGCCGCCGAAGAUGUCUCCACUCAUGGUUUCCUCUACGAAUACGACCGAACCUACGAUCGUAUCAAUACCAAGAACCCCCAGUCGCUCCAGAUUCUUGACCGAUCUCGAUACCAUCCCACUGCAUCUGAGGACCCAGUCAUCCAGGAACUGGCUGCCCAAAACAAAGGACAAGUCUUCACGACCGACUCAGUUUUGAGCUUGCUCAUGUGCGCCACCCGAUCAGUCUAUCCAUGGGACAUUGUGAUCAUCAAGGAGGGCGGGAAACUGUUUUUGGACAAGAGAGAAGGAGGUCCCUUCGACUUUUUAAGCGUCAAUGAGAAUGCGGCCGAUCCCCCAGCAGAGUCCGACAAGCCAGAUUCGCCGAACACGCCGUCGGCCUUAUCACUCGAAGCGACGUUCAUCAACCAAAACUUUGCAUUACAAGUGGUCAAGGAGGACGCCAAGACAGCCUACCAGUUCGAGCACCCGAACCCGUUCUACGGGCCGGAAGAGACCGAGCCGUGUGCCUCGGCAGGUCUUCGCUACCGAAGCUUCGACCUCAGCUUGAGCGAGGAAGAGGAGAUGACCCUGAUCAUCCGGACCGAGGUCGAUGCCGUCCUCCGCGGCCCUAACGCCAACAAUGCUGCUAAGGAACAGGGCGGAUCGGACGAGGACAGCUUUAUCACGAUCCGGACUCUCAACGAGUUCGACUCCAACAGCCAAGGCAGCGGCGGCGCGCCUAAUUGGAGGACCAAACUCGACACCCAACGUGGCGCUGUCGUCGCCACUGAAAUGAAGAACAACUCGUGCAAGCUGGCCAAGUGGGCAGUCCAGAGCAUCCUGGCUGGCGCCGACCAGAUGAAGAUGGGUUACAUUUCACGAGCGAACCCACGAGAUGCCUCGCGUCAUGUGAUCCUUGGUCAACAGUGGCUCAAGCCAAAAGACUUUGCAUCCCAGAUCAACGUCAACUUGUCCAACGGAUGGGGGAUCGUUCGCACGGCGAUCGACCUUGCAUUCAAAGCGGAAGAUGGCAAAUAUCUGCUGAUGAAGGAUCCCAACAAGCCCGUCGUCAGGCUCUACAAGCUAUACAAUGCUUCUUGUGCCGAUAACAAACGGAGUCUGUAA